GAAAAGGGAAAAUUCUCGAAGUUAUAGGAGGGUAUAACCUAAUUUUUAAAAGAGUGUAGGCACAAAUCCGUAGUACGAAGAACACUUUUCCGUUACCUGCCUGAGUGGUGGGUGGGGCGUUGAGUUUUUUGUUUGUUUAAUUUGUCAAGUUCCUAUAAAUGAGGAUGUGAUAUGAACUCGUUUCAGUCACUCGAGGAAAGUUAAGCCACAUCGUUUCAAGUUUUAGAGCGUUCUUAAAAACCAUUGCCUCACGACUGAAGUUACCGGAAUCGGCAUAAAUCAGCAAAAAGACUUACAACAAAAUGACUUCCACGGAGAUUCCAAUAUCUGCAGAAGAAGAGCAGCACCUCGGCAUGGUCAAUGUGAGGAUGGGGUCACAACUAGCGAUGUACCCACCUUCACAGGGCCACUCGGUACAGCCUGGAUACCUGCCACAGCAGAAUGAUGUACCAUCUGGAGCCCCGCCCGCUUACUUACAACCAACCAAUCACAUCCAAGCUCAGCCACAACCACAAACUACAGUGGUUCGUACUGCUCCUCGAUCCACGAAUGCAUUUUCGGGAGCGCCCAGACAGCAAGUCCCCGACUAUUCCCUCAUGGCUUGGAUGGUCACUUUAUGCUGUUGUCUACCCUUUGGUCUAGUGGCUGUCGUCAUGGCAUCAAGGGCCAAGGACAAACAAAUGGCUGGCGAUGACGAUGGCGCUCGUUCCACCUCACAGCAUGCGUUGGGCUGGGCAAUAGCUGGAAUAGUGUGCGGUAUCGUCUUAUCCACAUUGUUGGGCAUAUAUUAUGCUUUAGUUCUAGGGGCAUAACAAUAAUGUAUCAUUGAAGCUGUGAGAAAGAUGAACUGUUGAUGGUUUGGACCGGCGAUUCGAACCAUGGACCUACAUGUCGGACAAUAAUGGUGUUAAAUGCAUAGACUUUCUACGGACAUGUUUAUCUUCUCGCGAUAGAACGCGGUCAUAUUAACCAGGCAUGUAGCUAUAUAUACGGGAGCACGGGGGCGCGUGCCCAUCCCGUCGAUUUUAAAAUGGCGAAAAACGAAAAAUAACUAGAGAGAGAGAGAAAUGGAGAGAGGAAAUAAGACAUGAUAAGGAGAUGAGAGGAGCCAAUUCCACACACAAUUGUCUUAUCUGAGCUACCGUGCUACGCCUUUGUUCAUAAUUUCAAAAGAAUCGGUCAGGAGUAUUUUCAAUUCUAUUUUUUUUUGUCUAUCAGUACUUUCAUCAAGAUAUCAUAGCUAAGUCGACUUGAAUCAGAUAAUUUUCCUGUGACACGAUGUGUAAUGUUUGGUU